AUGUCACAAUUACUCGAAAGUGUGCUUGCAUCAUAUUCAUCAUUAACAACUAUUGCAAGUGAUAAAGGUGUUCUUCAUACUCUUCCUUCGAUCGAUAUUCCAAGUGUAGCUGCUAUAACUAGUUUAUUUGCACCAUGGAAAAAUGUUAUUGAACGAGUACAAACUACUAGAAAACCAUCUCUUCAUCUAGUUGUUACAUCUUAUUGGUAUCUGCUGGAGAGUUUGGUUGUCACAAGAGACGAAGCAGCUAACAAAACUGCUAAAGGUAUUGUUUUUUUCAAACGACGUACUCGACAAUUGCUUAAAAUAAUGUUUAAUUUGCAUGAUCUUCAUUGGAUCGCUGCUGUACUUAAUCCCCGUACACGCAUGCUCAAGCUUGCUACAGAUUAUGAACGUAGCCAUGCUUAUGAUUUAAUUCGGGCAGAAUUAACUAAGAUCAUCGAGACAAAUCAAGCUAAUGGUGGUACGUCAACACAAUCAGAAACAAUUACUAGUACUUCACCUACGCCUCAGAAAAAAUUCAAGCCUUAUACAGAGAAUUACGACGAUGACCAAGAUUGUUCCGAUUCGAAGAAAACCGUAACAAGCUCGAUGUACGCUCGUCGUGAGUUUGAAUUAUAUUUACAAAUGAAGUUAAAUAAAUGCAUUAGCUCGAAUGAUAAAGAUGAUAAUCCUCUUGUUUUCUGGCAAGAGCAAGAAUGUUUAUUACCUAACUUGACUAAGUUAGCAAAGAAAAUAUUUUGUGUUCCUGCUUCAUCUGCAGCAGUUGAACGCGCAUUCAGCUCAGCUGGUGUUAUUAUAUCGCAGAGAAGAAGUAAUAUCAAUCCAUCAUUGGUUAACGAUAUGAUUUUGGUUCGAUCUGCUGCUUCUAAUUUAACAUCUUAA